GCGAAACGAAGUGAGAAUGGGCAACGAGGCGAGCACGGUCCAUGCCGAUGGCGCAGCGACGGACCUUCCGGCGAGCCAGCGCGCCAUGAACAUCCUCAAGAUGAUCGAGUUUUCCAAGGACCCGCGGGCGGGCAUGCUCGAGUCGCGCGACCAAUACGGGGACCUCUUUCUCCUCGAGAGCCAUCUCGUGAGCGAGAAGAUCGCUGGAUUCUGCGGCCCCGAGCUCCUCGCGGCUUUUGACGACAAGCUGCGAGACGGCAGCAUCGUGCGCGAAGGGGCGUUCCCGCCCGGAAUUGUCGCGCUCCUAGGGGCCAUCAUGCCGACCAUCGAUGGCGAGGAGCACCACGCGCGCAAGGCUGCAGCCCUCGAAGCUUUCACGCCCGCACGUCUCGAUCUCUAUGCGCCGCUCGUUCGCGAGAUUGUCCAGGCCGAACACGCAUCAUGGGCAGCGCGAGGCGGUGCCAUCUCGCUUGCGUGCCUCACCCGCGAAAUGGUCUUUCGCAUUUUCCUCAAGGUGCUGUAUGGCGUCGAGCGGCACGACGCCAACAAGUUUCGUAAGCGCCCUGACCCACACGGCGUCAGCUGCCGAACGCAGAUCCUCGACGAGCUCAUUCGGCCGGCGAUCGCCGACGCCCGGGCCCGCGCUGCCACCAAGACUCCUGCCCCAAGCGUCAUCGACUGUCUCGUGACCAAUGGCAAGAUGGCGUCUGACGUACUCGAGACGGAAGCCUUCCAUUUCCUAUUUGCCGGCUUUGGCGGCGUCGCGUGCCUUGCGACCAACAUUCUCACCGCCGUCGCAACCCACCCGAGCGCUCGAAAGGACCUUCUCGACGCGCGGGCCGAGUAUGUCACCAAGUACGACGGCGAGGCGCGCUGGGCGCAUUUUCACGACCUUGGUUACGUGAACUUGUUCAUUCUCGAAGUCAAGCGCUUCUACGUCGCGGGACCAACUGCCGUCUUUGGCCGCGCGAAGACGGACCUCGAAAUACCGACCAAAAAUGGGGUUUACAAGCUGCCAAAAGGGUGUCUUGCGGCGGCGGGUCUUGAAGCUACGAACCGUCACCCAGACGUCUGGACGGACCCAAACCUCUUUAAUCCCAACCGGUUUCGAGACCUCGGGCACGUCCGCACCACCAAGCCGCACGCGUUUUGCCCGCAUGCAUUUGGCGCGUUGUCGCACCGUCGCUGCGCUGGCGAAGACCUCACGACGCUCAUUCUGCAGUCGACAAUCGUUUCGCUCUUCGACUUUGUGUGGCAAAUGGUGCCCAACCAGGACUACAAGCUCGCGGUCGGUGUCUCGACACCGACACCAGUUGGUCAACUCAUGGCGGUGGGGUUUCACCGGCGCACCGACGACGCCGCCGAGAUCAUUGGGACUGUGGGUUCCAACGCCGACUGGAAGUUUCUCAACCUCCCCGAGUCCAAAGAGCUUGCACUCUGGGAUCGCCCGUACGCCAACCAGAUCCUGAGCAUCCCACAGCACCAGAAGACGCUGCCCAAAAUCACCUUGAUCCAGACCCACAUUGAGAUCGCGACGGAGGACGAGGACUGGCCGAGCCAGCCGUGGAUCGAGAUCCAGCAGUCCAACUUCCUCCGUGACUACGCGCCGUUUGUCGACAACUUUGAGCUCACGUGGCUGCCUGGCGAGGAUAUGGAGCGCUACGUCAUGAGCAAGGUCGGCCACAUGUGGCCCCGCGUCAACGUCCACUGGAACGACCGGUACUCAGACCGCGCGCUCGAGCUCUUGGCUUUCAACGGCUUUGGCCAGCAUCUCCUCAUGAAGCUUCCGGAAGCACACGACGACGGCUCGUACUACGGUAUUUGUCUCGGUUUUGUGAAGGGCCUCGAGGUUCGCCCUGGGUACGCCAAGUAUGGCGCGGACGUGUACUUUACUGCCAAGGGCAAUGUCACCAAGAUCGUCCGCGGCGACAUCACUAGUCGCCCAGGCGACGCGGGGUGGGAGUACGCUAAGCUCUGCUUCCGUGGCAGUCUCCAGACCAAGGUCACGGCCGUCGACCAUCUUCUUGGUAUCCACGCGACGGUGGCCAACAUCAUGGUCAUCGCCAACCGCGAGAAACUGCCGCCAACGCACCCGCUCCGCCGGUUGAUCAAGCCAUUCACGUUCCGCUCCGUGGCCAUUAACUACGGCGCGGGUCGGGCGCUCUUUUGGCCCAAGGGCAUGCUUCAGCGUGCCUACGCGCUCACGGACAAGGGCAUGAAACAGACGUGGGAUUUCGGUCUUGCCAACUUCAAGUACGAGACAUUCCCGGAGCACAAGGCGCGUCAGAACAUUGACACGACGACGCUGCCGUUCCACGAGGACGGUAUGGACUACUGGCAGAUCUGCCGAUCGUUCGUCAGCAACUACGUCGACCUCUACUUCAAGAGCGAGGACGCGCUUCAGAAUGACACGGAUAACCUCAAGGACUUUGUCGCCCACUUCAUUUUCCUUGUCUCGUCGAUGCACAACCACCUCGGCACGAUCGCCGAGUACGUCUCGGACCCGGCUUUUUGUCCCUCGGCGUGGGUCGAAGGCGAGCUCGCGGGUCGACCCGGCACGGGUGUCCGUCUCGCGCUCAUCAUGACGGCGACGGGCUUUGCGCAGCCCGCAAUCACGGAAGACUUUUCGCACAUCAUGCUCGACGACGCUGGCAAGGCCGUCUGCCAAGCGUUUACGGCCGCAGUCACUGCGCAGAUCGCAGUUGUCGACGCUCGCAAUGCCACGCGCGUCCAGCCGUACCAGUCGUUCAACCCCAAGACGAUGGAGAUGGCCGUGACUGUCGCGGUGGACGCGACCGGAAGCAGCAAAAGGCGCUAA